UCCUCACCGAUCGCGUGAGUGUCUAAGAAGAUGAAAUGAGGCCUCGGGGCGGUGCGGGAGCGCCGCAGUGCAUGCUGGGGCCGCCGCGCCUCGGGCGGGGCCUAAUUCAAGACGAAAGCGCGGGACCGACAAAAGUACGGGUCCCGAGAGGAUGUUCGGGUCUGGGUAGUUAAGCGAAGCGUCGCUUACCUCCUGCUUGGUUGCAGCGUCGUGACUUCUAAGGAUUGCAAGGGGAAGAAAGCCCUCGACAUUGCAAAUAGACUAAAGAGAAGUGAAAAUUUUAAAAAAUCUGAAGAUGAAGGUUUUUCAGACCAUUUGCAGGCAGCUCAGAAGUUCAAAGGGGUUUUCUGUAGAAGCAACCCCGUAUGUGGGUUUCUCCACUUCUUAUUCGUGUGGCCGGAAGAAAAAAGUGAGCAUUUAUGAAGAAGUGGAUCAAGACAAAUACUCUGAUUUAGUACGGUCUGUCUUGUCGUUAAGAAGCCAUGCUCGGACCCCAGAAUCACUGUUUGACGAAGAUGCGUUACUGUACGGACCUGUGAGUAAAUGUAAGCCCCCAAAGCAGGAUGACCAAACAAAGACUCCACGAAACUGGUUUCCUCUCUUAAAUCCAGAGAAAAGAGUAACAUCGAAUACAGCAAGUGACCCUUCAAUUCCUUUGAAAAUCCCUUUGCAAAGAAGUGUGAUACCAAGUGUGACCCGGGUCCUACAGCAGACCAUGACAUCAGAACAGAUCUUCUAUUUGGAGAGGUGGAAGCAGCGGAUGAUUCUAGAACUGGGAGAAGAUGGCUUUGCAGAAUAUACUUCAAACACAUUUUUACAAGGGAAACGGUUCCAUGAAGCCUUGGAAAGCAUACUUUCACCCCAAGGGAGUUCAAAAGAAAGACAUAGAAAUCUGGAAUCUGGGUACAUUGAAAGCAUCCAGCAUGUUCUGAAAGAUGUCACUGAAGUGCGAGCUCUGGAAAGCGCUGUUAAACAUGAAGGGCUAAAGUACGUGGGUCUGCUGGACUGCGUGGCCAAGUAUCAGGGCAAGCUGUGUGUGAUUGAUUGGAAGACAUCAGAGAAACCAAAGCCUUUUAUCCAAAAUACAUUUGACAACCCGCUGCAAGUUGUAGCGUACGUUGGUGCAGUAAAUCAUGACGCCAGCUAUAACUUUCAGGUUCAAUAUGGCUUAAUUGUGGUGGCCUACAAAAAUGGGUCCCCUGCCCACCCACACUUCAUGGACACAGAGCUCUGUUCCCAGUACUGGUCCAAGUGGCUUCUUCGAUUGGAAGAAUAUACAGAGAAGGAAAAGAACCAGAAGCUUCAGAAACCAGAUUAGGGGAAAGGAUGCUGUUUGGGGACAUUCAGUACUUUCUCAAGUUUGGAAGUUAUAUUGCUGUUGACUGUGAUUUAAAAAUGGAGAUGCUCAGAAGAGCUACAUUAACCCAAGCAGAAGUAUUCAUUUGUUGAAAUGUCUUGUAACCAAAAUUAUGGAAAAGCCUUAAAAGUUUAGAUUCAAAGAGCUGGACUCUAGCACAUCAAAUGCCAACUAUGCUACUGCCAGCUAUUUACCUGAAAGAGGGUGAGCAGGGUUGGCACAGCCUUGGUGACUCUUGGGCUCCUCUGUAGACUGGCUGUGUCCCAGACAGGAUGCCCAGUCUCUGAAUUGGAUUGAAAGGCAGUGAGGCUUGGUGUGCCAAGCACACAGGAGGUCCCUGCUUCUCCAUUUUCCCCAGGGAUACACUGUGGUGGAGGGGGGAGGACAGGUACCCCCAGAAUAUGCGAGGAGGAAAGAACAGCCAUCAGCCAGUUCCAUGCCAACGCAGUUUCCUUGGAAUUUGUUUUAUAUAUUGGGGUUCUGUGUGUUUCAUUUGGGGAGAAAGGUUUCCAUUUAAAAUUUUUGAAAAGUAAGUAUGUGAUUACUUAGCAUCGAGUAAACAUUACUGUCUGGGAAGAUAGAUGAUGUUCACAAUGUUGUUGGCAAUAUCCCUCAAUACCACCUUUUAGUAACUAUGCUGGUUUGAUUCAAUGGAUCAUGUACAUAGGGAAAAACCAUUGUUUGGACUUUUUUCAGUUGUGGGGGAAGAAUAAUAGUUUGAUAGGUAAUAAAAAUUAUUAGUUGUUUUUGGGUUUGAGAAACUGAUAUAAAUGCCUACUGUGUCCCUGGGGGAGCCCUGGUAGCGCAGUGGUUAAGAACUCAUCUGCUAACCAGAAGGUCAGCAGUUCAAAUCCACCAGCUGCUCCUUGGGAACCCUGUGAGGCAGUCCUACUCUGUCCUAUAGGGUCGCUAUGAGUCAGAACUGACGCAACGGCAAUGAGUUUGGGUUUUUUUUUUUAAUAUAGUCCUGGGGGAGGGCUCCCUGUUUUAUAGACUGGAUUUGUUAGCAUUUAAGUUACAAUUGCUGUUCUUAAGAUAGACUGCUAAAUCACUUUUUUUCUUUCAUUAGUCAUUAUAAGAAAUAAAAGAUACGAAUAAAGUGAUGAGGCUUU